CGCGACCGGGCGAGGCGGCGUCUCGGUGCCCCGAGCGUCCUCGCGGGACCGCGCGAGGCGCGCGAGGCGCGCGGUCGCGCCGGGCGGGAUGGCGGACGACGAGUACGAGGACGACUUCGAGAGCGACGAGAACGACGACGGGUCGAGCGAGGACGAGUACGAGGACGACUUCGAGGACGACGUUCCCGCGACGCCGAGGAACGCCGCGCCCGCGGGGUUCGAGGAUCCCGAGGAUCUGGCGAGACGCGACGACGCGAGGCGGAGGGAUGAAUACCACGCGGCGCGACCGCCCGCGCCGGCGACGCUGGCGAUCCAUCCCGCGCGCGGCUUCAGCUUCGGCGACGAGUGCGCGGCGAUGAACCGCGCGUACAGGCGUCGGCGCGCGCGUCGAGUCGGCGAGCGCGCGUCGACGUCGGCUUCCUCCGAGGCGACGGGGACGACGACGGCGGCGCGACAUCCGACGAGACCGACGGACGCGCGACGGCGUAUCAAACGCUUCGCGCUCAUCGCGCGCGCGGUGAAGCUGACGCACGAAGACGCCGCGUGCGCGGCGGAGAGCAUCGUGGACGUCGCGCCCAUGGACGCGCGGACGAUGCAUCUUCGAGGGAUCGGAUCGAGCGCGGGGUCCAACGCGAAACUCGCGACGACGCAGACGAGAGGCGGCGACGACGUCCGCGAGUUCACGACGCAGACCGAGCUCGGCGACCGCAGAGACGUCGUGAGCCAGUGCCCGGAGGACCUCGGGACGAGCCGCGAGCGGUGCGAGGCGAUGCGCGGCGUCGCCGGCGUCGAUUCGCGCGAGGAGAGGCGGGCGACGGCGGCGAGAACCGCGACGCGUUGGGCGAGGGCGACCGGGGAUCUGCAGCACAGCAAAGACCGGCGCCUGAGCGCGUUCAUCGCGCGCGCGGGCGCGUGCGCGGACGUGCUCCUGCGCGAGCGGCGCGUCGCGAGCGGCGCGACGUGCGGCGUCAUGCGGCGCGCGAACGGCGAGAUGAAGCCCAACGCGGUGAAGGGCGCCGCGGGCUCGCUCACCGCGGGGUACGUGGCUCUCCACGACGACGCGCUCACGAGGAACCGCCGCGUGAUGGCGACCGCGUUCGCGCCAUCCGGGACGCGAACCGGCGCGGCGUCGCUGCUCAUCGCGUACGGUCCGAGCGACGCGCGCGCGCACGGAGUGGAAGGGGACGGGCUGCUGUUGGUUUGGGAUUUAGCCGCCGCCGCGACGCCGCGGCCGUCGGCGGCGAUGCGAUGCGAGGGCACGCCGACGUGCGUCGCGUGGGGGCCGGGGCGCGCGCGCGCGCUCGCGUUUUGCGGCACCGAGGACGGCGCGUUGUGCGCGUGGGACUUGCGCGAGCUGGAGGAUCACCACCGCGCGGGAGGCGGCGGCGGCGAGGCGGGAUCCGCGGACGAGUCGGAGAAAUUCCCCGUCCUCCGCGGCGGCGCGAUCCGACGGCCGUCGUACUGCACGGAAGCGCACUCCGCGACGUUCCCGGAGGACGGCGGGUCGAUCGUGUCCGUGGGCGUCGCGAUGGACGCCGUCGGGGACGACGACGCGACCGGAACCGGCGACGACGCGCGCGGGAAGACGAGCGAGUUCCACGUCGUCGCCGUCGACUGCUGGGGCGUCGCGAACUCGUACCUCGUCUCGACGCUGACGAAACGAGAAGCCGCGGACGCGGCGCUGUCGGACAUGGGCAUGCGGUUCGGGUCUCGCGUCCGACUCGUGAGGGCGUCUUCGGAGCUGAGGUACGGCGGCGAGGGCGACCGCGGCGGGAGCGGCGGGCAGCGCGUGAGAGACGCGGUGGUCGUGAAUCGAGCCGGGCUCGCGUCGGAGUUUUUCGUCGCCACCGAGUCCGGGCGAGUCCUUCGCGGGGCGCGGUACGGCGUCGCGCCGCUCCCGAGAGCGUUCGCGCUGUGCGAUCCGCUCGAGCCCGGUCGCGGCGCCGCGGUCGCGCCGAUGAACGCGGCGGUGUCGAUCAGUUUCAACCCGGUGUUUGAACGCGCGUUUCUCGCCGCGCACGUCAACGGUUCCAUCGGUUUGUACGUCGACGCGAGAGGAAGCCUCGCGCUUCGACGGUGGGACGGCGUCACCGGCGGGGAGAUCGUGUGCGUGCGCUGGUCCCUCGCGCGACCGUCGAUGUUCUUCGUGUUGGACUCGCUGUGUUACGUGCACGUGUUCGACGUGCUCACGCGAGCGACGAACGAUCCGAUCCACGUGGAGUGCUUCGGUAAGGUUGAACGCAUCGUCUCGCUCGAGCUCGCCGCCGCCGGGGACGACGACGGCGACGGCGGCUCGGGGAAGCAGUACCUCGCGUCGUUGGCGUACGAUGACGGACGGACGGACGUGCACGAGAUAAGCGCGGAGUUUAAGCGGUGUACUAGGGAGGAGAUGGACGCGACGCGCGCGUUGCUCACUUAGAGGUUAGAGGUUUUGUCUCUCGUCGAUCGCGAUGCU